GAGACACACUGAGAUAGCCACAAUCCAGGGAAAAUGAGCAACUCCGGAUUUGAAAACAAAGAUACAGAAGAAGCUUUACGGUACAUCAGUAAAAAAGAAGCAGAUGCUCUAGAGAAAGAGUUGCUGGAGGAUUACCGUUUUGGAAAACAGCAGCUUAUCGAGAUACUGGGACACAACUGUGCCAUGGCAGUUACCAAGGCUUUCCCUUUGCGAACACUGCCUAGAAAGCAGCCAACAAUACUGGUGAUCUGUGGUCCAGAGCAAAAUGGGGCUAUUGGCUUGGUAUGUGCCCGACAUCUGCGUACUUAUGAUUAUGAACCUACAAUCUUCUACCCUAAAAGGUCGCUAGACAACCUUUACAAGGACUUCACCAUUCAAUGUGAAAAAAUGGACAUCCCUUUUCUAUCCUACCUUCCCACAGAAGUGCAGUUAAUUAAUGAUGCAUAUAAUUUAGUAGUGGACGCAGUGCUGGGGAUAGAAGCAGAAUCUGAAGAAGUGAAAGAACCGUAUUACAGCAUUUUGGGGACCUUGAAACAGAUAAGAAUUCCUAUAAUCAGCCUGGAUAUUCCAUCAGGUUGGGAUGCUGAGGCCAGGAAUCCUGAUGGUUUGAACCCUGAUGUCUUGAUCUCAUUGGUGGCACCCAAGAAAUGUGCUCUCCAGUAUUCUGGGAAACAUCACUUUGUUGCAGGAAGGUUCCUACCAUAUGACAUACAGAAGAAAUAUGACCUCAACCUACCAAAGUAUCCUGGGACAGAGAGUGUGGUGCAGCUUUAGAAAGACAAACCUGCUUUCUGAAUUUAAAUCUGUCAAUAAAUUUAAACAUUUUGUGUAUA